AUGGCAAUCGGAUCGGCUGAACUGAACACUCUUGAACCAACGUUCAUGAAGUCAGAAACUGUGAUUACCUCAGUCGCAGGGUUUCCCGACGACACGACAACAGUUGAGGCCGAGAAAACAGACCUUGCAGCUCAAAUUCAAGACGACCUGGUCAUUGAAGACGACAACAAUGUUCACACACAGACCGCUGAAAAGAUUCUUGCUGUCAUUAAGCCUUACCUCAUGACGAAAGCCGCUGAUGCGCAUGAUCUCUGGAUUAAAGGCUCUGUCAAAUUCAUCUCUGUGAUUCGAAAGUUUGUCGAAAAAGAAGAGACGGUAAAGAUGUGUUUGCCGGCUUUUCCUUUCAAGUCAGCAAACAAAAUCUACAAGGUGCUUGGCGCAUUACCGGACAAGGCGGAAGAAGUGUCUUUGAAGCGCUUGAAUGGAAUGUGCGAGGAAAUCAAGGAGGUGUACGGACCUGGGGCGAAUUUGCUCAUUAUCUCAGAUGGAUUGGUUUACAAUGAUCUCCUGACGAUUCCGGAUCGCGAGGUUUGGGCAUACGGUGAAGCCCUGCGCGCGUUAGCCGUCAAGAGCAACUGUACGAACAUCAGUUUCAGCCGCCUACGAGAUCUUGUUGAGCUUCCAUCUCUUCCGUCCAAGCUCGAGGAAAUCACCUACGUUGCGAACGCCACAAACUUUCGUCGAGCGUUAAUAAACAAAUUCGGCAGACCGGAUCUGGACGUAACCAAGGAGAUUGAAGAGAAAGAAGACACGAGGCUGACUUACAGCGGCUACCGACGGUUCCUGGAGAGUGACCUCCGCUUCAUCUUCUCCCUCGGCGAGAACAGAAGCAAGACGAAGUUUCGCAAGGACGCGUUCGCAGGGGCAGUCAAACAUAACUUCCCGGGCUACCUCCGCCUCAGCAUCCACCAAUCCACAGGCGAGCACAAAAUCUCUCUUAGUUUGUUGCCAACAACCACCUCGUACACAACGCCCUGGCACUGCAGUGUAGCGUUUACGGCCGACAAUAGUUUGAUUAGUCGGCCAAAGGGGGAUCUUGAACAGGAUUCAAAGUUUGAACUUGUAUUUGAGGAUGGGCGUCCAAGCUAUUUCAAGGAAAGGGUACACAUGAUUCAGCAGGAGGCUUGA